AUGUCCGAAAUCACACUAGGUCGCUACUUGUUCGAAAGAUUAAGACAAUUGGAAUGUAACACCAUUUUUGGUUUGCCAGGAGAUUUCAACCUUAGACUUUUGGAUGAAAUCUACGAGGUCGCAGGCAUGAGAUGGGCUGGUAACGCCAACGAAUUGAACGCCGCCUACGCUGCCGACGGUUACGCCAGACUCAAGAAAAUCGCCUGUCUCAUCACCACUUUCGGUGUCGGUGAACUUUCGGCUUUGAACGGUGUGGCCGGUUCCUACGCCGAACACGUUGGUGUUCUACACGUUGUCGGAGUGCCAUCUUUGUCGGCCCAGGCCAAGCAAUUGUUGUUGCACCACACUUUGGGUAACGGUGAUUUUUCCGUGUUCCACCGCAUGUCCCAAAACAUCUCCGAGACCACGUCUAUGAUCACUGACAUGGCCACGGCUUGUCAGGAAAUUGACCGUUGUAUUAGAACCACUUACGUGAGUCAAAGACCAGUCUACUUGGGUUUGCCAGCUAACUUGGUGGACCAAAUGGUUGAUGCUAAGCGUUUGGAUACCCCUAUUGACUUGUCUCUAGAAGCUAACGACGAAAACGCCGAAGAAGAGGUCCUUGCUCAAAUCUUGACCUUGGUUAAGGAGGCCAAGAACCCAAUUAUCUUGUCCGACGCCUGUUGCUCCCGUCACGAUGUCAAGCAAGAAGCCUGGGACUUGAUUGAUGUUACGCAAUUCCCAGCUUUCGUCACUCCAAUGGGUAAGGGUUCUAUUCCAGAGAAGCACCCAAGAUUCGGUGGUGUUUACGUGGGUACUUUGUCUUCACCAGAGGUUAAAGCUGCAGUGGAAUCUGCCGAUUUGAUCUUGUCGAUUGGUGCUUUGUUGUCCGAUUUCAACACUGGUUCUUUCUCGUACUCUUACAAGACCAAAAACAUUGUUGAAUUCCACUCCGACCACAUGAAGAUCAGAAAUGCCAUCUUCCCAAAGGUCGCCAUGAAGUUUGUGCUUCAAAAACUGUUGAAGCAAAUUCCACAAUACGUCAAGGACUACAAACCAUUGCCAGUCCCUAAGGCUCCAGCUGUCAACGCCAAGUGUGAUCCUAAGACUCCUCUAGCUCAAGAAUGGCUAUGGACUCAAGUCGGCGAAUUUUUGCAGGAAGGUGAUGUGGUCAUUACCGAGACCGGUACCUCUGCUUUCGGUAUUAACCAAACUCAUUUCCCAAACAACACGUAUGGUAUUUCUCAAGUUUUGUGGGGAUCCAUCGGUUUCACCGUUGGUGCAUGUUUGGGAGCCGUCAUGGCCGCUGAAGAAAUCAACAAAGCCAAGAGAGUUAUUCUAUUUAUUGGUGAUGGUUCUUUGCAAUUGACCGUUCAAGAAAUUUCUACUAUGAUUAAAUGGGGUUUGAAACCAUACUUGUUUGUCUUGAACAAUGACGGAUACACAAUUGAGAAAUUGAUCCACGGUCCAACUGCGGAUUACAACGAAAUUCAAAACUGGGAACAUUUGAAGUUGUUGCCCACUUUCGGUGCAACCGAUUUUGAAGCCAUUCGUGUUGCCACCACUGGUGAAUGGAACAAAUUGGCUGAAGACCCAGAAUUCAACAAAAACGAUCGCAUUCGUUUGAUCGAAGUGAUGUUGGAAGUCAUGGAUGCACCAUCUUCAUUGGUCAAACAAGCACAAUUGACUGCAGCUAUCAAUGCUCAGCCUUAA